GCGCUUGGUGGGUUGCUGUUGUGUAUAUAACAGCCGAAAGAGGUGAGGCAGCAAAGCAGCCAUUAUCAUAUAUUCUUUACAGCACCUAUAUGACUUCCUAAGCCCAUCAACAACUUGGAUACCAUUUUCUUUAACAACCCCUUGAAAUGAAUCUGCUUGUCAGCCUUUUGGCCUCUUUAACAGGAUAUUAACCUCAUCCUUUAUCAUAUUCAAUAAGACUACUGAAACACACAAGAAAAAGCAUCAAGAAAAAAGGGAAAACUUCUGUUCCAUUCCUGAUUAUCUUCUCUGUGAUUGAUCAAAAUCCUCCCUUUUACUUCCAUAACUGUCAAUUGAUUCAAGAAAAUGGGUCUCUCAAGUCUUCCAGCCCCAUCUGAAGGAGUACUAUGCUUGCUGUUGGUAAACUAUGCCUUAUCAGUCUCCAUUUUCAAAGGCAUAGUCCGGUCAAUCCUUCGUAUUGUUGGCAUCCGUUUAUCAUCCUUCUCCUCAUCAUCUUCAACCCCCUCAUCAGAUUACCGUGAAGGCCUCACAGAAUCAGUUGAAUUUCGUUUAACUCCAUCAGAUACCUACAUUAAGGAGUUUCGGAGCAGGAGUCCUGCAACGCGAUUUGAUGCAGUGUGUAGCUGUAAACAGCCUGAGCAUGACUGCUCAGUUUGCUUGACUCAAUUUGAGCCAGAAUCAGAGAUCAACUGCUUAUCUUGCGGCCAUCUUUUUCAUAAGGUGUGCUUGGAGAAGUGGUUGGAUUACUGGAAUAUUACAUGUCCACUUUGCAGGUCUCCUGUGAUGCCUGAAGAAGAAGAUACAUCUUUCUUUUGGUGAGCAUAUACCAGAAGUUUGCUAGUCUCAGGACAUGUUCAUGUACAGUGUGUAGUGUACAGGUACUUGAGUGUAUCAGCCAGGACAUGGUGUUUUAUGCUGCUAAUCAUGGGUCCCUGAGAGACCAAAAAAAUUUUAUUGUACAUAUUGUAAGGCUUAUGCUGUUCUAUGCAUAAAUGCAACUUUGGUCUCAAACCUUUUCCUUUUCAA